UUCCUUCACGUAUAUACGAACGAAGGAAGAUCUCUCCCUCUCUUGUUUCUCUGGAAUUUGCGAUGAUUCUCCGAUCGGGAAAGCUAUGGACGGUUCUGGUGAUUGUCGGAAUGUUGUCGCGUGUAUCGCAUUCGCUGCACUUCGAUCUGCAAUCGGGUCGGACAAAGUGUAUAACCGAGGACAUCAAGAGCAAUUCGAUGACUGUCGGAAAAUACACUGUCGUUAACCCUAACGAAGGCCAUCCUUCGCCACCGUCGCACAAGGUCUCGAUCAGGGUGACGUCGAGCUACGGGAACACGUACCACCACGCGGAGAAAGUGGAAUCUGGGCAGUUCGCGUUCACGGCGGUGGAGGCAGGGGAUUACACGGCGUGCUUCUCGGCCGUCGAUCACAAGCCGGAGGUGACGCUCAGCAUUGAUUUCGAAUGGAGGACUGGUGUUCAUGCCAAGAACUGGGGUACUGUCGCUAAGAAGAGCCAAGUCGAAGUCAUGGAAUUUGAGGUAAAGAAACUGCUUGAAACUGUCAACUCGAUUCAUGAAGAGAUGUUUUAUCUUAGAGAAAGGGAAGAAGAGAUGCAGGACCUGAACCGAGCCACAAACACGAAAAUGGCAUGGUUAGGGUUCCUUUCGCUUUUCGUCUGCUUGGGAGUGGCCGGGAUGCAAUUUUGGCACUUGAAGACGUUUUUCGAGAAAAAGAAAGUCAUCUGACUGACACAGUCUUCUUCUUCUUCUUCCUCUUUCCUCUUCUAUUCCCUGGGCUUUGUACAUUAGAUCAGCGGGGAUAUACUUAUGGAGCUCUGUUGGCCUUUCGCAGCGUCAGACGGCAGCAAAAAAAACAUUUUUUUUGCUUCACGGAGUGUUUCCUUUAGAUUAUUGAUCCUUUGGCAGGAGAUGCUUUGAUAGUUCAUAAUUUGUGUCUUUUUUCUAUAGACAAGAAUCAGACAGCAGAUGAAAGAGUUUUCUUUGAAUGUGCCCUGAGAGUUCUCUUUUAGGCUGAUUGAUCCAAAGUCUCCGACUUUUGGAUGGAUUGACCUUCCCCAGAUGAUAAAUUACAGAUCUUUCAGACAA